AUGGAUAACUCUUCCGACUCCUCGAUGCAUACUAUUGAUAUGGAGAAAAGAGAGGAUACUGCGAGUACAGAAAUGCAGUCUCUUGCAGACAAUGUGGUCAAGAGAAGCCAUUCAUUGGAAUUGCAGGGUGAAGUCCAUCAAUCUACUAAUGAAAAUAGCAAGGAACGAUUGCAAGCUGCCAAAAUAUAUUGCAUGGAUUCCCAAUCACUUGCGAUUACUUUCCCUGCUGUGACGACCGCCAAUACCCCAAAACGCCAUCAUCCCUCCUCACCUGUCAUUAGCUGUACAACAGACAAGACCAGUGCCAACAAUGCUUCUCAAUCUAACAGCGAAGACUUGGCCUCCAGUGCAGCUUCCCUUUCCACUAACUCUGCUGCAUCUACACCACUUGAAGAUUUGGAGCAGGAAAAACCCGUCACAAACUGUGAUAUGGCCACAACCACCCCUUUGUUGAAUGAAGAUUCUUAUGUGAAUGGACAAACACCACCAUCUUCCCUACGACAAAGUGGGGGUAACACCACCGUCGACGCUGCUGCCUGUGGCACUAAGACGGCAGCAUGUGUUUCUACUGGGAACAAUAGAAACGGAUCUCUUCUACCCAGACCUAGUGCAAUGGGAUUGAACCCCUCAACUUCUUCGAGAACCAAAACUGUGUCGAGGUCUAAGAGGCAUUCUUCCCGAACAAAUCUUUACAUUCGAGGGCUUCCCAAAUCAAUGUCAGAAAACGACCUUGUUAGUCUUGUUCCCGAUGCCUCUGCGAUCCGCUCAGUGAAGCUUGUGGUAAAUAAUGACGGCGAAGGCUACGGGUUCAUCGACUUCGUCACCAACGAGGCCGCUCUAAUCGCGAUGCAGCACAUAAAACUUCAGAACUCUGGCCAGUAUGUUAACUUUGCCUACGAGUCGGAAAAGGAUCCUUUGAAUGUCUACGUCACAAAUAUUCCGGAAUCAUGGAAUUCAGAUAAUGUGGAGAAUUUGAAGCAGAUUUUUGCUCCCUACGGCAAAAUAACCUCUGCGCUUGUCAUGACACGGAGGUCAACAAACACAUGCACAGGAACGGGGUUUGUUCGCUAUCUCACCUCUGAGGAAGCGCAAAGAGCCAUUGAUGGCAUAAGGAAGGCGAAGAUCACGUUGCCUGGAGCAAAGCGGCCUCUGGAACUUAAGCUGGCUGACAGACAACGGGCUCGAGAACACAAAAGUGAAUCAAUUGGGUCCGAAAACACUACACUGCCACUAUUUCAGCAGUUUAUGCACGACGAAACUCAGCGACACCUAUGCCAGGCAUUGAAGACGCAACAUCACAACCAAAUGGCUGAGGACAUUUUUAAUGUCGCACCUCUGCCAGAGCGCACCAUGUUUGAUCAGGCCAAGAUGGCUGGCUAUGUCACAUCGGGCGCUUCGCUUAUGAAUUCGAGUUCGGUGGACAUCACACCAACUUCAAGUGAUGAAAUUCCCGCUCCUGCACCACCUCAGCUCACCACUCCCACCGUCAUGCCUGUCGCUCCAGCUGUUGCCGCUGCAACAGCUGCAGCACUGGCAACGCCGCUCUACCAAUUUCCGUGUAUUCCUUGGAUACAGCAGGACUCCACAGCGGCGCAUGGUAAUCCUACUGCAGCUUACAUUCAUCCCCAAAUAGCGGCUACAGUGCCCCAGAAGGCUGUGACUGCAACAGCACCACUGGAUCUAAACUCUCUCGCUGCAAUCUACCAAAUGGCCAGUCUUAAUGCUCUCAGCUAUGGAGCAACAGCUCCUGCUCAAUCUUUUGACAUGGUCCUUCCCCUUGUUAAUGGGCAGCUUAAUGAACAUCCCAUCGAUGCACGCGGCCACGUGCAGGGGCGCUAG